AUCAACGCGCGACGAUUUAUCUGUUUUUGUAUCCUUGGAAGAAUCGUGGACAUUGGUGAAGGUGGUAUUAAGGAACAUGGCAGGUGUGGGAUUUGAAGAAUUCUCAGUGCCUCCUGGCUCAGAACUGGCACUUCCCCCUCUUUUUGGUGGCAAUAUUCUUGAGAGUGAGCUAGAGACAGAAGUGGAGUUUGCUGAUGGGGGGCUGCAGGAGGAGGAGGAAGAGGAAGGAGUGUUGCGGCAGCAGGAAAUGACACGACGUAAAUGCCAGGCACUUGCUCGGCACUGCAAGGAAUUAGAGCAGGUGAAUGAGAGGAUGUUAAAUCGGCUGCAUCAGGUCCAGAGAAUAACACUAAGGCUCAAACAGGAAAGGAGGUCUCUCAUGAGAGUGCUGGACUCCUAUGGGGAUGACUAUAGGCAGGGCCACCUUGAUAUAGUCCUGGAGGAUGAAGGAAGCCACAGCAUGGACGCCUCAACACCAGGCAACACAGAAAAUGAACCUCCUGAGAAAGAGACCCCCAAGCGCCUUCCAGGGUCUUUGACUGCCCAAGAUGCUGAGAGCCCCUCACCUACCGAGGGGCCAACGAGUAAGAAGCGCCGGCGCCACGUGCGAGAGGAAAAGGAAGCAAGGUUGCGGCGAGCAACACCAGCCUUGCUUCCCAUGGAAGAAUUCCCAGUUCAGAUAAAGACUGAAGAGGAUUUCCACUGUGAGCAAGAAGAUGUCUUAGCAGCUACUUGGCAGCAGUCUAGUCCCCAGGACAAGUUACUUCAUUAUCCCAAGUUCUCUAGCCCUGGAGCCUGUUCUGAUUUUGACUGAAGCUGGACCUGUCAAUGGCCCCUUGCCAAACCCCAAGCGGAGAUUUUAUAUACCUGCGCUUCAGUCGCCUUUUCCUAGGUUAACAGACUACUCUGUUGUUCCGUGAAGAUCUAAGUGUGCGCCUGUUCAUUUUUUAAGGGACAGAAAAAAAUGAACCAUGAAACUUUUACCUGAUCAGAACUGAGCCAGAGUUGCUUAGGGAAAGUCUAGGCUAACAAAGUGAACUGCACUACAUUUUGUGAAAUGAUAGAACUCGACAGUCAAUGUAUAAUAGAAUUAUUCAAGCCAGUAUGUAUUAAAAUGUGAAUG